GUCUGGCGACCGUUUGGAACAAACCAGACAUCAGGUAGAUAGGUAGUCAAGGCCCAGAGGUCAUAAUUAAUAAGAGAAGCAAGGCUUUUUGAUCUAGUCAUGAUCAUCGCCCGGGCCCUGCCGCCAUAACAGCCACUGUUCGGGUGUUUACGGCAGACCUUCCUUCUUCCAUUCUUGAGGCCUUCAGCUGGAUUCCUCCCAUGUGCAACAAAAAGUGGGUCGUCGCACCACCAUCGUGCCAUCUGGUCUUGUGCCACACCAUACAGGCUGGAAUCAUCAGCACACUUUGGACUUGUCUGGUGCCAACAUGGACUUAUGCCUGGAACGAGAUGCUGUUCUCAGUCCAUCUUGGCGAUGUAGCUGACAACAUUUCGUGGGAGUGGGAGCCAAACAGAAAAUAAAUUAAGAGCCUCUGUCUCCCGCUCUCAAUUCAGUACCUAGGUCUCACAGCAUCACAGCAUCACAGCAUCACCAAAGCUCAAAGACAAUAAAAGACGAGUUACCUACAUCAAGCAACUAAAACAUGCCCGCCUUUCGUCCAACUCCCCGCCUGUCGGCCGCUGCCCUCCCCAAUCCUUCUUCCCUCCCCAGAGCAGUUCCCAAGGGAGUAGCAGCCAAUGUUGUUGUUCCAGGCAUCGUGGUGGCAGCAUCAGUAUACGGCGUAAUCAGCUACAUCAAAAACCAACUGCAACAUGAGUCAUCCACCAUCGACAAGAUGUUUGCCCAAAAGAACACCCCCGCUGUGGAAGAAUCGAGACGGAGAAGUCUCUUGGUGGAUACGGAAGGCGACCCGAGGAGAACGCCCUACAACAUUCUGAACUGGAAAUAG